AUGUAUCGAAAAGCAAAUAUGAACGGACAAACGAAAAUGAUCAUUAUUACGUCGGAUGAAGAUUUAAUUCGGCAAUUAGCACUGCACAAACGCCCAGACACGCGUAUUGUAGAUCUAGAUCGUCCAAAUCAGCAUCUCGCAGCGAAUCCAAAUGAGAACGAUAUGAUAGAUUUGGCUUUUCUAGCAGAAUUUUCCACACACGAUGCCAAGAGUGAUCAAGUGUACAAACGAGCUCUGGAUUCUGAACAUGAAAGUCGUCCAAAGCAGGCUAGAGGUUCUCGAAAAUCAGCAGAUUUAAUAUGUGCGAUUUGCGGCGAUCGAGCGGUUGGAUUUAAUUACGAUGCUCUGUCAUGCGCAUCAUGCAAAGCUUUCUUUCGUCGAAAUGCUAAUCAAUCUCGAGAUAAAUUACGUUGUUACACAAAUCAAGGUCAAUGUUCAGUGUCUCAUGAAACUCAUCGAAAGUGUCCUCGCUGUCGCUUGGAUCGCUGUUUUGCAGUUGGAAUGCGGAAGGAUUUCAUAUUGAGCGAAGAAGAAAAACAACGACGUAAGAAACGUUUGGAAGAAAAUCGAAGUGCUACAGAAAAACACAAUUCGUCGCCGCCAUCUAUUCCAGCAAAUGAAGAACCGCUCGAUGAUAUCGAUCGUUUAUUGUUGAAUUUAAACGAACCAAAUAGUGAAGAUUCAAUUGGAAUAGAAAGUCUUUUAUUUGAUACCUUAUCGAUUGAAGACUGGAUCGCCAUCGAAAGUAUCCGAUCAUCGUUCAUAGCGACCUUUAAAAAUAUACAUCAACCGUUUUGUACCGCCGAGGUAUCUGAUCGUGAUUCGGCACUUGUUGCAUGGUCGCAUAAUACUAGUCAGAUGUCUCUACAUUUUAUCGAAUUCUUCCGUCACAUCGAGGAAUUUGAAAAUCUCUCCUGUUCCGACGAUCGAUUUCUCUUGAUCAAAUUCAAUAUUCUCUCAGUUUUCUCCGUAUAUAAAUGUUAUAUACACGGAACAGAAGCUCUCAAUUUCACCCCCGAACAAGAAGAGAAGCAUCGACUAUUUUUCGAAUUAUGUGGCGAUACAGGUGAUCUGAUGAAGACAUUCGUUGAAAUAAAACUUACACUUGUUCAAUUAACAAAUCAAGAUCCAGCCGCCCUAGCACUUAUUAUGACCAUUAUACUUUUCACAGAUCAUUUAGCUGUGGACGAAAAACAACCCUCGCUAAAUGAUCCAAUAGCUGUUGGUCGUGCACAAAUCCAUUACACAAAACUUCUUUGGAAUUAUGUCGCGAAUAAACAAGGCGAAGCACAAGCGCAUAAAUUUUUUAUUGACAUGUUAGCCAUUAUGUUUCGUAUUCAAACUUGUUCGAGAAAAUUUAGAACUUUUUUCCGGAACCAAUUAAGCGCAUCCAAUAUUAGUGACAAGAUCGCACCUCUCAUGCAGGCGGUCUUAAAUAUUUCGUAA